GAUUUCUUUUCCCCCAGAAAGUACUCAAUGCUGAAACCUUUCACAGUGACAUUAGAGACGCUGGAAGCAUCAUGGAUGGAUUUUACGAUCAGCAAGUCCCUUUUAUGGUCCCAGGGAAGUCCCGCUCUGAGGAGUGUCGAGGGCGACCUGUGAUUGACAGGAAGAGGAAGUUUUUGGACACAGACCUGGCUCAUGAUUCUGAAGAGUUGUUUCAAGAUCUCAGUCAACUUCAAGAGGCUUGGUUGGCUGAAGCACAAGUUCCUGAUGAUGAACAGUUUGUCCCAGAUUUCCAGUCUGAUAACUUGGUGCUUCAUGCCCCACCUCCAACCAAGAUCAAACGCGAGCUGCACAGCCCCUCCUCGGAGCUGUCAUCCUGUAGUCACGAGCAGGCUCUUGGUGCUAACUAUGGAGAAAAGUGCCUCUACAACUAUUGUGCCUAUGAUAGGAAGCCUCCCUCCGGGUUCAAGCCAUUAACCCCUCCCACCACUCCCCUGUCUCCCACCCAGCAGAACCCCCUCUUUCCCCCACCUCAGGCUGCUCUGUCCUCCUCAGCACAUGCUCCCACAGCUGGCCCAGUGCAAGCUGUGGGCCCUGCGCCCGCCUCCCAUGCGCUUCCAGAGCCUGGACCACAGCAGCAAACGUUUGCUGUCCCACGGCCGCCACAUCAGCCCCUGCAGAUGCCAAAGAUGAUGCCAGAAAACCAGUAUCCAUCAGAACAGAGAUUUCAGAGACAGCUGUCUGAACCCUGCCACCCCUUCCCUGCGCAAUCAGGAGUUCCUGGAGAUAAUCGCCCCAGUUACCACCGGCAAAUGUCUGAACCCAUCGUCCCUGCAGCUCCUCCACCCCCUCAGGGAUUCAAACAAGAAUACCACGACCCGCUCUAUGAACAUGGGGUGCCGGGGAUGCCAGGCCCCCCAGCCCAUGGGUUCCAGUCACCAAUGGGAAUCAAGCAGGAGCCCCGGGAUUACUGCGUUGAUUCAGAAGUGCCUAACUGCCAGUCAUCUUACAUGAGAGGGGGCUAUUUCUCCAGCAGCCACGAAGGUUUCUCAUAUGAAAAAGAUCCCCGGUUGUACUUCGAUGACACUUGUGUUGUGCCUGAGAGACUGGAAGGCAAAGUCAAACAGGAGCCGACCAUGUAUCGGGAGGGGCCCCCUUACCAGAGACGAGGGUCCCUUCAGCUGUGGCAGUUCCUUGUCACUCUUCUUGAUGACCCAGCCAAUGCCCACUUCAUUGCCUGGACGGGCCGAGGCAUGGAAUUUAAGCUGAUUGAACCCGAAGAGGUUGCCCGGCGUUGGGGCAUCCAGAAGAACCGGCCAGCCAUGAACUACGACAAGCUGAGCCGAUCUCUGCGCUAUUACUACGAGAAGGGCAUCAUGCAGAAGGUGGCUGGAGAGCGAUAUGUCUACAAAUUUGUCUGCGACCCAGACGCUCUGUUCUCCAUGGCCUUCCCGGACAAUCAGCGUCCCUUCCUGAAGGCAGAGUCCGAGUGCCACCUCAGUGAGGAAGACACCUUGCCGCUGACCCACUUUGAAGAAAACUCUGCUUACCUCCUGGAUAUGGAACGCUGCGGCAGCCUCCCCUACGCUGAAGGCUUCGCUUACUAAGUUUCUGAGUUGGCUGAGCAGCCAAACCCUAGAGCUAGCAGUUCCCAUUCAGGCAAACGAGGGCAGUGGUUUUGUUUGUGUUUUUGGCUGUUCCUGAAGCUUGCCCUUUGAGUAUUAUCUGGAGAAUCCUUGCCGUGUCUGGAUCGGCACCCUUCAAUGAGACAGAUCCCUUGGCGGGGCAGUAGGAACAGGGAACAGGGCCAAAAAGCCCCAAAGGCUGGUGCCUCCGCUCUGAUUCUCGUGAGGUUACUGGGAAGAGAUCAGGAAUGGAGCCUCCCUGCCAUGGACAAUAUAUGCAAAGCAAUACCUUGUUCAGGUCAGUGCCCGCCGGACGGGACAGAGUGUGUGACAAUCCGCCUCUAUCACGGACUACUAAAUGCCUUGACAUAGAA